AUGAUUUCAAAGAAAAUUAUCUCAGCAUCAGCAGCAGACGUUAUGACUUCAAAUGAUACUCAAACUGAGAACGUCCUUCUCUGCUAUCCACUCCAGUCUGACUCCUGUCCAAAACUGCAUCGUCUUACUGUUGUUAAAGUGGCAAUGUAUGCAUUCUUUGUGCUGAUGAUCCUCACAACAGUUUUUGGGAACCUGCUGAUCAUCAUCUCCAUCUCUCACUUCAAACAGCUUCAGUCUCCAACUCAUCUGAUCGUUCGCUCUCUGGCUGCCAGUGACUGUCUGCUGGGCUCUUUGGUCAUGCCGUACAGCAUGGUGCGAUCUGUUGAAGGCUGCUGGUAUCUGGGAGAUUUCUUGUGUAAAGUUCAUUCUAGUUUGGACAUGACCUUUUGUAUCUCCUCUUUACUGCAUCUCUGUUUAAUAUCUGUUGACAGGUACUGGGCCAUUUGUGACCCUUUGAGGUACAAAAUGAGGGUCACAAACAACACUGUGAUUGUUUUUAUCACCUUCAUAUGGCUGCUUUCAUUUCUCUACAGUUUUUCUGUUGUGUUCUCAGGGAUAAGUGCAGUUGGAUUGGAGAUAGUAAUACUGCAGACUUACUGUGUGGGAAAUUGUGUUGUGUUUUCUAACAAGCAGUGGGGUCUUAUAUGUCCAAUUCUCACCUUUAUCCUUCCUGGGACGAUCAUGAGUUCUCUGUAUAUGAAAAUCUUCUAUGUUUCACGAAAACAUGCAAAGGUUAUGUCAGAAAGAGUGACUGGAGGGAUGAAGAGCCAAAGCUCUGCUCACAGAGAGAGAAAAGCAGCUAAAACUCUGGCCAUUGUCAUGGGUGUUUAUUUGUUCUGCUGGCUGCCGUAUUUUACUGUUGCUGCUCUUGACCCUUUUUUUAAUUUUUGGACCCCAGUUGUUGUUUAUGAUGUUUUGUUUUGGUUUGCAUAUUUAAACUCGACUUGUAACCCCUUAAUUUAUGGAUUAUUCUACCCUUGUUUUCAGAAGGCCUUUAAGAUUCUCAUAUCCACUUAUUUCUGUGGCAUCAAGCAUUCUAACACAUUGAUAUUUGAAAGAAUACCGCUCUCACACUUAUUUAAGGCAUCACAACAAAUAUUUAUUUUCAUGUAA